UGGGCUACAAGCCUCUAAUCAGUUUCAAACUAUCCAUGUAUUGAACACUGUAGUUAAAAUUCAUUCACAAAUUUCAAUGUAAAAUUGCUACAAUAGGACACAGAAUGUUGCUAGUUCUGAAUCUGAAGGUGCACCAUUCUGAGAUAACACCAGUGACUGAAUCAGUGUUAGGUUCUGCUUCAGUUGUUGCACUGUUUGUGUGCUGUUGGUGCAGAUAGGAAUUCAGUUUAGGGAGGGACAGUACUGGUGGCUGCUAUAUUGGACUAUGGUCUGGUUGGUGAUACACAACUCAAAUAAGCCGCUUAUAGGUUUUUAUUAAUAUAAGAAAGAUGUUUUUGAUGCAUUUAUCUGUGGGAAGUGUUUGUAUUGCAGUUUUAAUGCAGUGUGUGGGAACUCACUACAUUAACACCCUAUUUCUCUCUGUACUUCAAAUUGCACCCUCUUCUUCUCAUUAUACCACACAUCACUCCGCACCUCAUUGUUGCCCCUUUUUCUUUCCCUACAGGUUUCUCCAAAGCCUCAUCUUUCUCCCAUCCAUUUAUUCUGUCUCUGUUUUUGCAGUGUUUCUUUCUUCUUCACAAACCUUCUCUAAGCCUUCUUUCUCAGUUUAGCUGCAGCUUUCCAGCAAUUCACAUAAUUAAGGAGUUGUGGGUUAGCUACCCACAAAGGCUGUAAAAACUGUGGCACUAAAAGGAGAUGAUGUAUUGAUGCAGCCAUUCUCCCACUUCUGAUGGGCUUGAGUAGACCUUUCCCCAAAAGAUGUGGGAAUGAGCUGCAGACCCGGUUUCUUGAAUUCUUUAUGGGGUAACAAAUAGAUAGGAAUGGGGUCUCAGCCUGUGGGGCUAGUUUACUCCUUGUGCUGCUGGUGCUAGGAUCCUGGUAAGCUAGUAUUUGAGCUUAAGAUCAGGCUUACAACUGGAGAACAAAUGUUUGUGCUGUUCCACUUUAAAUGCAUGUUUUCUCCUCAGCGAUUCGAUUUGGACGGAUGCCAAGGUCAGAGAAGGCAAAGUUGAAAGCUGAAAUUCUAACAGGUGAUCAUUGUAUAGAAAAUUCUGAAAUCGCAGAUCUUAAAUCACUCGCCAAGAGAAUUUAUGAAGCGUAUUUGAAAAACUUUAAUAUGAACAAGGUCAAAGCCAGACUCAUACUUGCAGGAAAAACCAGCAACAAUCCACCAUUUGUUAUACAUGAUAUGGAUACAUUGUGUAUGGCAGAGAAGACACUGGUGGCAAAACUGGUAGCCAAUGGAAUACAAAACAAGGAGGCGGAAGUUCGAAUUUUCCACUGCUGCCAAUGUACCUCCGUCGAGGCUGUAACAGAACUUACAGAAUUUGCCAAAUCCAUCCCUGGCUUCUCUAACCUAGACUUGAAUGACCAGGUGACGCUAUUAAAAUACGGAGUUUAUGAAGCCAUUUUUGCCACAUUAGCCUCUGUAAUGAACAAAGAUGGAAUGCUGGUAGCCUACGGAAAUGGUUUUAUAACUCGAGAAUUCCUCAAAAGUUUAAGGAAGCCAUUUUGUGAUAUCAUGGAACCGAAGUUUGAUUUUGCAAUGAAAUUCAAUGCAUUGGAGUUAGAUGACAGUGAUAUAGCUCUUUUUGUGGCUGCUAUAAUUUGUUGUGGAGAUCGCCCUGGCCUUGUAAACAUAAGACACAUUGAAAAGAUGCAGGAGAGCAUUGUGCAUGUACUAAAACUUCACUUGCAGAACAACCAUCCUGAUGACAUCUUCCUUUUCCCAAGGCUUCUACAGAAAAUGGCCGACCUCCGACAGCUUGUCACAGAACAUGCUCAGCUUGUUCAGGUUAUCAAAAAGACUGAAUCUGAUGCACACUUACAUCCUUUACUACAAGAAAUCUACAAGGAUAUGUACUAAGGCUGUUUUUUGUUUUGUUUUGUUUUUUGUUUCGUAUGACGUGAAAAUACAAAAGCAAUAGAUGGGAGCAAACUACUUUGCACAGUUCUCUCUGUUGUGCUUUUAUUUCAAAGCAUUAGUGAGCUAAAAGGUAGGUAACUGCAAUAUCAUAUUUUUCUUGCCCGGAGUUAUUUUUAAGUACUUAAGAGAAACUGUAUAGUAUGUAUAAAAAAUGGCAAUAAGCUGUGAUUGACUUGAAAUUUGGGCAACAGUGGUAAUAUCAUUUAUAGUACAUCUGAACUUACUAACAACAUACACUUCUUCUGAAGUUUCUGCACUUUUAAGCCUUUCUCCCAUCAUCUUCAUCACUGUAAGAAAGCUAGGAGUUUGGGCCAGGAUCCAAAAGCUUUUAUGUGAUGUCCAUUAAAGCUUUAACAGUGUUUCUCCAGCA